UCUUUACCAACCCAGGUUUGCAAAGCAGAAAACAAAAGCAAACAAACAAACAAGCAGGCGAGCGGCCCCAGCCCGGCUCCGCGGACGGCCCUUGCGAUGAUGUUCCCCAGCCUCAUCGCCCCUCCAGCCGUCUACCCCAGCCUCCUCCGGCCGACCCCCACCCUCACCUUGCCUCAGUCGCUGCAGUCGGCUUUUUCCAGCCAUUCCAGCUUCCUGGUGGAAGAUUUGAUCCGGAUCAGCAGGCCCACCAGCUACCUGCCCAGGACUGCCCCCCCGCACAGCAUGUCCCCCCCAGCCUCCGCGGCCAGGACGGACUCGGGGACGCCGGAGCUCCCCAGCUCCACCACCGCCGGCUCCAGGAGGAUCUGUUCGCCACAGACUUCCAGCAGCGACUCCACUUUUCUGAAGUUUGGCGUCAACGCCAUCCUCUCCUCCACGCCCCGAGCCGAAACCUCCCCUGCGUUGCUCCAGAGCGUCCCGCCAAAGACUUUCUCCUUUCCAUAUUUUGAAGGAUCCUUCCAGCCCUUUCUCAGAUCUUCCUAUUUCCCAGCUGCCUCCGCCGUGGUCCCCAUCCCUGGCACCUUCUCCUGGCCGCUGGCUGCCCGGGGCAAGCCCCGCCGGGGGAUGCUCCGCCGUGCCGUCUUCUCCGACGUGCAGCGCAAGGCGCUGGAGAAGAUGUUCCAGAAGCAGAAGUACAUCAGCAAACCCGACAGGAAGAAGCUGGCGGCCAAGCUGGGCCUUAAGGACUCACAGGUGAAGAUCUGGUUCCAGAACAGGAGGAUGAAAUGGAGGAACUCUAAAGAAAGAGAGCUCCUCUCUUCUGGUGGCUGCAGAGAACAGACCCUACCCACCAAGUUCAACCCUCACCCAGACCUCAGUGAUGUAGGCAAGAAAUGUUCAGGAGAGGAAGAGGAGGAGGAAGUUCCCCCCGUGUGCCCACCCAGCCCCCGGCACCCCCUAACCUACCACCAGUCCCCGGAACAUCUACACCUGAGGGACAGACUGGACUCCCAGAUGUCUCCUUCUCCAUCCCAUUCCAGCAGCCCCAGCAAACCUUCAGACUUCUCAGACUCAGAGGAAGAGGAUGAUGAAGGGGAAGAAGAAGAGGAGGAGAUAACAGUCUCUUAGAUCACACCCCACCAUCACAUGAGGACUCUGCAAAGAUGUAAAUAAACCAGAGUGCUACAAAUUGAAGAGGUGCUGUCCCAUGCCCAUGUCCACAUGUUUCUUCAGCACAGGUUCUUUACCACAAUAGCUGUAAGACUUCCUUCUCACUGGUAUUCCUCAUUUGUUGCCCUGUGUGGAGGUUUUCAUGCUCAUAAUAUCAGCCCAACUUCUCAUAACUCUCUCUGCUUAGCAAUCAAUAUUUGCCCAGUUAGCUACCUUCAUCCAAAAACCAGACAGUAGGCAGCUCCUGGCACUACAGCAGGAAGGAAAGGAAAUUUCCCUGUAGGAAAGGAACCUUCUUCCCCCAGAUAAAAAAAUCAUCAAAAAUGCAAUAUAGAUGGCAUUACCAUUUCUAUCACUUUUUAAGUGAAUUUCCAGCCACUUUAUUUCUUCAGCUGCUACUGAAGGCUUGUCUGAUCUAGCAACCCUUUCCUCCAAAAUAAAUAACCUUGAGAGACCCAGAUCAUGCCCUGCCUCCCUCCUCAUCCAAAUGUCACCAUGCUUGUGCAACAGAUCCACUGAAAUCCCUGGAAUGCAAAUUUUAUAUAUUUAUGAUUUUCAUCUUAAUUUAUUCAUCAAUAUGGUGUUCAAAGCACUGUCUAACCCAUCUCCUUGCCCACAGGUCUGUGCUUAUUUUCCACUUUGAUUUUCCUAUCCAUAGUGUGGACAGAGGAAAGUGGAUACAUCUCUUUGAUUUUUAACUGAACUUUGCUGUCUUUGCACAGCUUAUAUGAACUGUACACUAUUUUGUACACUUACUCUGUAUGGGUGUUUUAUACCAAGGUUAUUGCCAAUGGAUAUAACAAUGCUUCUCUCUUUCUUCUUUUUAAUUA